AGGUGGGUUUCUCUAUCAGAGGCGAUUUAUGAGAUGCUGACUCUGGAUAGUUCCACUCAGGAUCAUCUCGAUCAGUCAUGGGUCGUCCUGGGCUUCAGAUGUGGACAUGGACCCUGUGUGUCUUCUUCAGCUGGAUGUGUGUGGGGGAAGCAGUGACUGGACCGCAGUACAUGGUAGCCAUUCCUGCGGUUCUUGAAGCUGGAGCUGAGACCAAAUUCUGUGCGAGUCUCCUGCAUCCCAACGAGACUCUGGUCAUGACCGUCACUCUGAUGUCCCAAGAGGCGAAUACAACCCUCCUCAAGCAGUCGUCCAGUGAAGACUUCCAUGCCUGCCUUCAGUUUCAGGUUCCAUUAGUGAAGAAUGGAGCAGUGCAUAAUUUCGAGGUGGAGGUAAAAGGCGACACAUUUUACUCAAAAGAAGUCAGGAAAGUCCAGAUCAAUGUCUAUCAACCAAUGACAUUCGUCCAAACAGAUAAACCAAUCUACCUCCCUGGACAAACAGUGCAUUUCAGAGUCGUCACACUGGACACUAAAAUGAGACCUGCCAGUCAGCUGUACAAUAUCAUCGAAAUUGAGGAUGCUAAAAACAACCGGAUUGGACAGUGGUUGAAUGAAAUAUCCAACAGUAAGAUACUGCAGCUUUCUUAUGCCUUGAACUCCGAGGCCCGUGAAGGAACCUACAAAGUUACUGUGUCGAUUGGGUCAACUAAAAGACAUCACAUCUUCAAGGUAGAGAAAUAUGUUCUGCCUAAAUUUGACGUAAAACUAGAUGUAACCAAUGAAGUAAGUAUUGAUCAGGAAGAAAUCAAAGCUGAAGUAUGUGCAACGUAUACAUACGGACAGCCUGUGCCAGGCAGUGUUAAAAUGAAGGUGUGCCGACCUCUUAGUAGCUACGUGAGAAGAGUAGAUCUAAUCAACCCUGAUGAUCCGAAUGGAAUCCAUGAUAUUACUCCCCCAUGCUACGAGGAGACCAAGCAGGCGGACAAGAAAGGCUGUGCCACUUUUAUAUUCAUGAUGUCAACUUUCACAAAAAUGGCGCAAAAGGCGUUGAUAGAUACACUGGAAGUCAGAGCCGAAGUGGAAGAGGAGGGGACAGGUAUGACACACCCACAAGAGAAGAACAUAAAGAUUUCAUAUGUUAUUGGAAAGCUGUCCUUCAUUGACACACCCAAGAUUUACCAACAAGGAUCCGAUGUGGAGGGAAAAAUUAAAGCAGUUUAUUACAAUAAUACGCCCAUUCCUGGCAUGCCGGUGCACCUGUUUGAGGGUGAAAGGUGGUCAGCACGUCUGCUGCAGAAUCUCACAACUGAUAGCGAUGGUGUUGUCACUUUCUCAUUGAGCACAGCUGACUCUAAAGGGGACAUCCACCUCCACGUGAGCAUCUCUCCGAAAAUGGGCUACAAUCCUUACAGAACACCACACUAUGAGACUGGAGAUCACACAGUGUCGAUGGCCCAACUGUCUUCUCCUGAUACUAAAACAGUCAGCUCUCUGGACGUGAAGAAGAAGGAUAACCCACUUGCCUGUGACAAAGAAGAAGACAUCUCCAUCCACUACACUGUAGUUGGAGAGGCCCAGGGCUCUGUGGAUAUCAUGUAUUUGGUCUUAUCCAGAGGAGCUAUUGUCAUGCAAGGAGUUCAGCAGGUUGAAGUGCAGGAUAAGUCAGUGAAUGAGGGUGAUGUGUCCUUUAAGCUGGCAGUGUCUCCGGACAUGGCACCAGACGUCCAGAUUGUGGCAUACGCCAUCCUCCCCAGUGAGACUGUGAUCGCCCACAAUGCCGACUUCUCCGUUGAGAAAUGCUUUGCUCACAAGGUGUCGCUGGAGUUUUCUCCGUCCUCAGCUGUCCCCGGAGAGGAGACCACCCUGCAUGUGACGGCCCAGCCAGACUCUCUCUGUGGGGUGAGCGCUGUCGACCAGAGCGUCCUCAUCAAGGAGCCAGGGAAGACUCUGGAUGCAGACAAGAUAUUUGAUUUGUUGCCUGUCAGAAAAGCAUCCUUCAUUCCAUAUGAUGCUCAAGAUCCUGUAGAAUGCUUGCAUGUGAGACCGAGAAGAUACAUUUUGCCAAAUCCCGAUGAUAGCCAUGAUGCUUUUACGGUUUUCCAGAAUGUAGGGAUGAAGAUGGCAACAAACUUGGUUAUCCGAGUGCCUACAUGCCUCAAGUUCAAAGGAAGAGAAUACCACCAGGGCCGCAGCUAUGAUACUAGGUAUAGAAAUUACGGUGUUCCUAUGGUAACCAUGAGGCUAGUACAGUUCAGUUCUAGGGGAGGUGGCUAUUCUGCUCCUCCACCAAUAGUGACCGUCCGCACUUUCUUCCCCGAGACCUGGAUAUGGGACCUGGUGGAAGUUGGAGAUUCUGGAACAAAGGACGUGUCCCUCACUGUCCCAGACACCAUCACCACCUGGGAGACGGAGGCUUUCUGUCUGUCCUCUCAGGGUUUUGGCUUGGCUCCUCGAAAAGAGAUCACCGUCUUCCAGCCCUUCUUCGUCGAGCUCAGCCUGCCCUACUCCAUCAUCCGAGGAGAGCACUUUGAACUGAAGGCAACCAUCUUCAACUACCUGACCAGCUGUAUCAUGGUCAAUGUGUCUCCAGCCCCAUCCUUAGAUUACACCCUCACCCCCCUCUCUGGUGACCUGUACACAUCCUGUUUGUGCGGCAGUGAGCGCAAGACCCUCAGCUGGACCAUGGCCCCCUCAGCCUUAGGGGUUAUGAAUGUGUCAGUGACUGCUGAGGCCGUGGCAUCCCACACAUCAUGUGACAAUGAGAUUGUGAGAGUGCCAGAGAGAGGUCGUAUCGACGUGGUCACACGAUCUCUCAUAGUAAAGGCUGAAGGAACUGAGAUGACAAAGACCUACAACUGGCUGCUCUGUCCAAAAGGAGAGGCGUUGACAGAGGAAAUAGACAUAGAACUCCCUGAAGACGUGAUUGUUGGAUCUACCCGUGCUUCAGUAUCAGUCCUGGGUGACAUUCUGGGCCGAGCCCUGAACAACCUGGAUGGGCUGCUGAAGAUGCCGUAUGGAUGUGGGGAGCAGAACAUGGCACUCCUGGCCCCCAACAUCUACAUCCUCCAGUACCUGGAAAACACACGGCAGCUGACCCCAGCCAUCAAGGAAAAGGCUACCAACUUCCUGACCAGCGGCUACCAGAGACAGCUGAACUACAAGCAUUAUGAUGGUGCUUACAGCACAUUUGGAUCAGGAACAGGAAACACUUGGCUGACUGCUUUCGUGCUGAGAUCGUUUGCCAAAGCGCAGUCGUUCAUUUACAUCGACCCAGCAAAGCUCGAAGAGUCUAUGGUUUGGCUGACAGAUAAACAACGAAAAAAUGGCUGUUUUGAACAGUCAGGAAAGCUCUUUAACAACAGAAUGAAGGGUGGUGUGUCUGACGAAGUGACCCUCAGUGCCUACAUCACUGCUGCCUUCUUGGAGAUGAAGAAGCCCGUAGAUGAUCCUGUGGUGAACCAGAGCCUGUCUUGCCUCAAGGAGUCCACCAGUGACCUCAGCAAUACCUACACUACAGCUCUGCUGGCAUACGUCUUCACCCUGGCAGGAGACAUGGAGACCCGUGCUCACCUUCUGAAGCACCUAGACACUGUUGCAAUACAAGACGGAGGGUUCCUCCACUGGUCUCAGACAGCAAAAGACACGUCAGCCUCCCUCUCUGUGGAAAUCAGCUCCUACGUGCUGCUGGCCAAACUCAGCGCCGCUCCUACAGCUGAAGACCUGGGCUACACCAGCAGCAUCGUUAGAUGGCUGACGGGCCAGCAGAACUACUAUGGAGGCUUCUCCUCCACACAGGACACAGUGGUGGCUCUUCAGGCUCUGACUCUCUACUCCACUCUGGUGUUCAGUCCAGACGGUUCCAGCACAGUGACAGUCCAGUCUCCCAGUGGUGAGAUGACAUUUGAUGUGAACCAGAACAACAAACUGCUCUACCAGGAGAAGCUGCUGCAGGACGUGGCAGGAAAGUACAGCCUGCAGGUGAAGGGCACCGCAUGUGCUGUAAUGCAGAUUUCACUCCGCUAUAACAUCCCAACUCCUCAUGAAAUCAGCACUCUCAGUGUCGAGAUCAAGGCAGAGGCCGACUGCUCCAGCAAAAGACCGAAACUCUCUCUGAAGCUGAAGUCCCUAUAUACUGGAAGGGAGAUCAGUACAAACAUGGUGAUCCUGGAUAUCAAAAUGCUCUCUGGAUUUGUCCCACAACCAGAAUCUUUGAAGGCUCUUAAAGGUGCCCUGCUGGUGGAUCGUGUUGAACUAAAGGACGAUCAUGUUCUGGUGUACAUACAGGAGUUAAUAAAGGAUAUACCCAUCAACCACAGCUUAGACCUCAUACAGGAGCUCCCAGUGCAGAACCUGAAGCCAGCUGUGAUCAAGAUCUACGACUACUACCAGCCAAGUGACCAGAAUGAUGCAGAAUACAUCUACCCUUGUGCUGCCGGUAACAAUAUGUAAUAACAUAAAGAAGCACUGCAACGUUUCUGACAAAAGUCAUUUCCAAAAAAACAUUUUCACCCCAACCACAAAAACCUAUAAUGUCUUAAAUUGUUCAAAAUCACUCUCACAAGUAUGUACAACAAUUUGGAAAUAAAUCGAUGACGAGCCGUGGUCGGUGCCGUAGAUCCUAUGUUGCACAAACCUCAGUCAGAUAAAGGAUCAAUGAGUUCCGGGGCGGGGGGGUCUACAGCUAAUGUAAAAUGUCUUCACAGUGAAUGGUUGUUUUCGUUAUUUCUUUCACAGGUUUAACAGGGAAGUGUGGUUAGUCCUCGUGUCGUCACUGAUUCCAGUAUAAUUUAAAAUUACUCGCAUUUUAUUACAAAUAUAUUUGAUGUACCUUUACAACAUGUCUGUUUGUGUAAACAUACACAAACAGUUAACAAGUAUUUGCUUGUUAGUAUUCUGCCACAAUCCGUUGCAGCUGUGUAACUACUGUAUGUGUCUGAGGUGAAAUGCAUGCACGAUGGACAAUAAAAUAAUUGUAAUGUGAAAAAAAAA